GCUAGCUCUUCCUUGUCCCGCCAGUCUCUGGUGGGGGGUCUCAGCCUUGCAGAGGCACAGGGGACCUCUGCUUGGUUCACCUUCUGCUUUAGCCUCUUUUUCACCCUGGGGUCGUGGCUCUGCCCUGGCCCAGAAGGGCUCAAUAAUCUCAAAGGGAAAGUCGGUGAGGCUGGCCUGACCUAGCAGGGUAGCUGUGAGAAUCCCACUGCAAUAGCCGGAGAGGGGGAGCCCCAGGCUUGGGCUCCAUCAUGCUGACCUGGAGACUCCGGAGUCCUCACCCUGAGAGGUCUAGCCAGAGCCGCGGUCGUGGUGACAGGGAGGCAGGGGACUGUGGCUCCCACACACAGAGGGGCACUGAAUGCAUGUAGGCCCCAACCUGCCCUCUGUGACUCUGCAUCCCUCGUUAGGGAGCCGUCACUCCCUGCUGGUGCUGGCCCCUCGGUUGUGGCAAGAGCCCUGUGCAGCAACCCCCAUCCCCACCCCCGCACCACCACCAUCGGAUGCUGGUUGACUUAGCUCUUCCUGGGGGGUCCAGAAGCAAAUCGGACAGUAGAGCCUUGUGGGCCUUUCCUGGAACCUCACGGGCCUGCCCAUCUCUGUGGUUCCCACAGCACCUAUGGGUUCCAGAAGAUUCCCUUCAGUGCCAUGUCAUAGGUUUCAGGGAGGGCCCACAGGUGGAGCUGACCUGUGCCCAGAGCAGGAACUGGCACGUGGUGGUGGUGGUGUGGACAGACCUGCAAGAACUAGUGAGGAGGCUACUGCACCUGCACUUUGAGGACGCCAAGACCAGAGUCAGCGGGGAUGCGCUGCAGCUGGUGACGGAGUUGCUCAAGAUCUUCGUUGUGGCAGCCAUCCGGGGCGUCCGGCAGGCCCAGGCAGAGGACCUAGCCCGUGUGGACGUGGACCAGCUGGAGAAGGUGCUGCCGCAGCUGGUGUUUCCACUCUUGCUGCAACCACCUGCCCAGGCCACAGCCAGUCCCCGUGUCCGCACUGUCUCCUGGGGCCUUGGGCUUAGGGGGAAGGAGUUGUACGUCUUGAGCCUCUCCUCCAGCCCCGAAGGCCAGGCCGGCUCCCAGCAGACGCUCUGCCCUGCUGAUGGCUGGACACAGGUGGGGGGAACUGAGGGGUGGGGUCUGGUGUGGGAGAAGCACUGGUACCAUGCCCGCUGCCCGAGCAGGUGGCCCAUCUCCUACAGGCGGAGCUGCGCAGCUUGCCACCCCAACGUCAAAGCUGCUGUAUAACCUUUGAACCGUUGGUUGUUCCCCUAAGAUGCUUUCCUGAACCAUAAAUUUGUUCUCACAGAGCAACACCAAUAAAUCAAAGCUGCCUCUCCCAA